CAUAUUCACCAUUCCACUCUCUAUAUAUAGUAGAACCAAAUUGACCACAAAAACACACAAAACCUAACACUAUCAACAAAAUGAAGAUGAUUGUAGCUAUCUCCUUCAUUUUUUCUCUUCUUUCCCUUUCUCAUGCAUCAGUAGUAGAUUUCUGCGUAGCAGAUUACAAUUUACCAAAUGGCCCCGCCGGAUAUUCUUGCAAAACACCAUCAAAAGUAACCGAAAAUGACUUCGCCUACCACGGCCUAGCUGCAGCCGGAAACACCUCAAACAUUAUCAAAGCAGCUGUGACCCCUGCAUUCGACGCGCAAUUUGCUGGUUUAAACGGUCUUGGAAUUUCCCUUGCGCGUUUAGAUUUAGCCGCAGGUGGAGUUAUUCCACUUCACACUCACCCCGGUGCUUCGGAGGUGUUGGUUGUUAUUCAAGGAACAAUCUGUGCUGGUUUUGUUUCCUCUGCCAACACUGUUUACAUUAAAACACUUUACAAAGGUGAUGUUAUGGUUUUUCCACAAGGAUUGUUGCAUUUCCAAAUUAACAGUGGUGGUUCUAAUGCACUUGCUUUUGUUAGCUUUAGUAGUGCUAACCCUGGUUUACAGAUAUUGGAUUUUGCUUUGUUUAAAAGUGAUUUUCCAACGGAGUUGAUUACUGCAACUACUUUUAUUGAUGCUGCUGUAGUGAAGAAGCUUAAGGGUGUUCUUGGAGGUAGUGGUUAAAACUAUGAUGUUACUCAUGAAAGAAUGAGGAAUUAAUCUUGAGGAUUAGUGUGUUCUCUUUUAAUUUAAUUGUUGUUGGUUUUGUUUCUUGUUGUGUUUAAUUUGUUUUGAAGGAAUGUAACUUGAGAAAUUUGUGACAUGAGAUGAAUAAAUGUAUGUGUUGUAUUUUCUUGAAUA